AAUGUACCAGAAGCUUCUCAGAAAGUAGCUAAGGUUCCAAUGUCAGUUAAGGUAUCUCGCAGCAGCGAAUCUGAACCACUUCAUCGCAGGCCUGUUACACAGAGGAGCCCGAGGCUACAAGGAGAGCGUGCUGUCAUUCCAAUCGUUCAGUCCGAUGUACCGAGUCAAAAGAAACUCGGUAGUAGGAUAUCGGAUCUUGAAUCCCAGCUGGGGCAAGCUCAACAAGAGCUCAAGCUUCUGAAAGGCCAAGUGAGUUCAAUCAAGGUCAAAAGGCCCACCACCCGAGAUGAACAACAACUAGACAAAAAUAAGAAAGUUGUGAGGAAUUCUUCUUCAAAGCAAACAAGCAAUGGUAACGAUCCCGAGACAGAUGUGUUUGAAGUUCCGCUUGAGGAAAGGAGGGAAUUAAAGCACAACGAUGUUAAUUCACUUAAAGCUGCGUUAGAAGAAAAGGAGAAAGAGCUGGAGCGUUCUUAUGAGGUGAACCGGACAUUGAAAACCAAGUUGGAAAUGAAACCUAAGGAAGAGGAGUUACGUUUGAAGCUGGAUGAUGUGAUACGUGAACUGGAAGGAACCAAGGGAAAAACAGAGGAGUUAAUAGGGCAGAUGAGAGCCAUGGAAGCUGAAAAACAAGAGAUGGGAGUUGAAAUGAAGAAACUGAGGAUCCAAACUGAGCAAUGGAGGAAAGUGGCCGAUGCAGCCGCGAUUGUGCUGUCUGAGGGUGCUGGAACUGAAGGGAAGGACUCGAGGAUAUCUGAAAGCUCGGGGGGAUCCAUCGACAAGCAGUAUGGGAACAUAUUCGAGAAUCCGGUUGGUGGUGGUUAUGCGGAUGAUGAGGAAGAGUCACCGGAGAAUGGAAAGAGGAGGAGCACUGGUAUGAGAAUGUUUGGAGAUCUGUGGAGGAAGAAGGUUCACAAAUGAGAAAUCAUUUGUUGAAUGAAUUGUAGUACCAGACCAGCAGCCCCACCAUCUCUACUUCCUAUGGUCAUGUUUCAAAUUCUGUUUUUCUUGUUGUUUUUCCUUGUACUAGUUUGUUUCCUUUGGUUAUUUGGUUGGGUCUUAAUUUCGUAACGAACAAUUUGCUAUUUGCUUUCAUCAAACAUUAGGGGAUGCUGGUUCUUGAUUGUGUUUUAUCCAAUUCUAUGCUAGUUCUUCUUUGAUUUUA